CACGGUGCUGUUAUUUGGCUGUCCAAAAUCCGCGUGCUGUUAAGCGCACCUCCGAAUUAUUUCCAUCCAUCACGUAAAUAAACAACUUAAGAUGGGAAAUCACAAGGUUCUGAGAACCGCGGGACACAAUAAUCGGUACUCCAUGUACGAAUUCAUCGAGGCGGUCCACAAGCGUUCCAUUAUCUGGGAGCGUCGUCACCCUAACUUUCACAAUCGGGAACUGAGGGAUCUAGCCUGGCAGGAAAUUGGCCAGGAGCUGUGCAAUGAAUUCGAGGAGGCCAGCGAACCAGAGAAGCAGGAAAUCGUUAGGACCUUGCUGAAACGUUGGAAAAACACACGGGAUAGCUACUUGCGUGUAAACCGGCUGCGCCAAAGUGGCGAAGAAGUGGCCAGAGCUUCCUACAUAUACGAGAAGGAGCUUAGCUUUCUGUUGGGCGUUAAAGCAGAGACUGAUGAGGACGAGGAACCUAUAAAAGAGGAGCCCAAUGUGCCUGUGAAGCGAAGGCGCCUACCGGCUAGUCAAAGAUCACUCAAGAAGCGAAGACGUUCUUCUGGCCAAGAAACGGACCAAGAGCCCUCUUCCCCACAGACCGAAAACCUGAACUUGCUUUUGGACGAUAUACCGCCUGUCUUCUCUGAAAACGGGACACCACCAGGUGACCCAAAUAUCAAUACAUCCUCCACUUCCUCCUGUGCACCCACUUCAACUUCAACUUCCUUCUCUGAUCCCGAUCAGGCCUUCUUUGACAGCAUCAAGCCUCACAUGAAGCGGAUGUGUGCUGAUCGCAAGCUCGACUUUCAAAUCGAAGUGCUCAAGAUACUCCGUAACUUCAAACCCAAUUAAACAUAGAUU